AUGGCUGCUAAGGGUGCACGAGUCAGCUGGAAACAUAUUUUUCUGAUGAAAUCGGAAGGAGGACUGGGUGUUAUUGACUUAAAGGGCUGGAAUAGGGCCUGUAUAGGGCUUUUGAUCAAAAAACUGCUGGCCAAUGAAGGCUCCGUUUGGGUGGCCUGGGUUCGCUCUUAUGUGAUCAAGGACUUGGACUUUUGGCAGAUGAGUGCCCCUGUAAACGCUAGUUGGUGUCUUAAGAAAAUUCUGAAAAUGAGAUAUGAUGUGUCUCAGCUACCCUCUGGCUCUAUUAAUGACCUUAGCAUAAGGAAAUUAUGGGAGGAGCUACGCACUCAGAACCCUAAGGUCCCUUGGCACAGGCUUCCAACUCCUACCAGAUUGUUGCGAAUAGGAUUGAGUCUUGACAAUGACAAAUGGCUACUUUGUGGUUAUGAGCCUGAGUCCAUAAGUCAUCUUUUCUUCGGUUGUGCUUUUGCGAAAGAUCUAUGGGGCAAAAUCCUCUCCUUAUGUGGUAUGGUUCGAAAUGUGAGUACUUGGAAUAGGGAGUUAGAUUGGGCUAUCCGUCUCCUUAAAGGAAACUCCUUCAUUGUUCAAGUUGUGAAACUUGCUCUUGCAAGCCAUGUACAUGGCAUCUGGAGAGAAAGGAAUAACAGGUUGUUUGGAGGCAGAGGCAGAUGUGUGGAUGAGCUUCUGAAUGACAUCCGGGAAGACAUACAGAUUCGAGUUCAAGGAUGGUCUAGCAACACGACUGACUCAAGAAAUGUGAACCUUUGUACAAGCUGGGGUAUUUCAUGCUAG